CGGUCGGCGAGUCGUACCCGUUGUGCUGUGCGAACCACCGUGAGAUAUUUCACAGGUCGAACUCGAUCGUACCCAAGAACGAGUCUCUCUCAAGAGUUUGCUUGCUAUAAUCGCGAAUCGAGAGAAAGAUUAACUACACCGCGCUGGAGGUCCCUCAGUUAUCUUUAUUGCUAGCCACUCCUAGAGAUCGUAUCAAUUUUUUGAUAGGUGAAACCUGUCGGAGUUACGAGUGACAAUCCGCCAUUGACAGCUGUCAGCUGAUCUUACUGCACGUGAUUUGUGCAAACCUAGGCAACCAUGCCUUACCACCACAACUUUGAGGUGUCAGAAGACACUACGGAAGAGCCUCCCAGAAACAAAUGUUUGGGCUGUUUGAAAGCAAAUACGUUGACAUUAGCAACAGUCACUGGUGUAGUGAUAGGUGCCAUCAUUGGGAUUAUCCUGAGGAAUACCAGGGAUAGUUGGACAGAAAGGGAAAUCAUGUAUAUAGGUUAUGUAGGCAACGUAUUCCUGCGCAUGCUCAAAUGCCUGAUCAUCCCUCUGAUCAUAGCAUCCCUGGUCUCAGCCAUAGCUAGCCUCGAUCUCUCCUUAUCAGGCAAGAUAGCUGCCAGAGCCAUAGCCUACUAUCUAACCACCACCUUUGCUGCAGUGGUAUUAGGCAUGGUGCUCGUGGUGGCUAUCAAGCCUGGAGUAGGACACACGCAGAGGAACCAAACGCUUGAAAUUGAGUCGAGGAAUGUUACUACGGUGGAUACUUUAUUAGAUCUCAUUAAAAAUAUGUUUCCGCCGAAUAUCAUUGAAGCAUGUAUUUUCCAGUAUCGAACGAAACUGGUACCAGCCAGUGACAAUCAAACAGAUAUUUUCGAAUUCAAAAUCGGUACUGAAGUGGUGCAGAACACAAAUAUUCUGGGUCUGGUAGUAGCCGCAGCAGCUGUAGGGAUAGCUAUAGCUCAAGUAGGUGAAGAAGCUCAAGCUAUCGGCAAUUUUUUUCAUGGGCUUAUGGCUGUGAGCAUGAAAAUCACCACAUGGGUCAUAUUUUUGUCACCAGUUGGUAUUUUAUUCUUGGUAGCUUCACAGGUUCUAGAGAUGGAUGACAUGGGAUCAGUAAUGAGCUCCCUAGGGUUGUAUUUUGCAACUGUGUGCUUAGGAUUAUUUGUACAAGGGUUCGUCGUACUACCAUUUCUGUAUUUCGCACUAACUAGAAAAAAUCCCGCCACUUUCGUGCAUAAUAUGGGACAGGCAAUAGCUACAGCGUUUGGAACCGCAUCAAGUUCUGCUACUCUGCCAAUAACGAUUCGUUGCUUGGAAGACAAUCUUGGAGUGGAUAGAAGAGUUGCAAGAUUUGCACUACCAAUUGGAGCUACGAUUAACAUGGAUGGAACUGCGCUUUACGAAGCUGUCGCAGCUAUCUUCAUCGCACAGGUUCGAGGAGUACCUCUAGAUAUAGGACACUUGAUAGCGAUCAGUGUAACUGCCACGGCAGCCAGUAUUGGUGCAGCUGGUAUACCUCAAGCAGGCCUGGUAACCAUGGUGAUGGUUUUGGAUACUGUCGGCCUACCAGCUGGUGAUGUCAGUCUCAUUCUUGCUGUCGAUUGGUUGCUAGACCGCUUCCGUACUGCAAUAAAUGUUAUGGGUGACGCGUUUGGUGCUGGAAUAGUCUACCACAGAAGCAUGAAAGAGCUUGGACAUCUCAACACGUCAACAUCAGAUAUUGACUCAGCAAAUGAAGCGACUAAAUUGAACAGAGAAGUAAGCGACUCUGGGAAAAGUAAGGGCAAGGAUCAAGAUACAGAGAUAGACAUGUCGCGUUUCUGAGGCGACAAUAAAGCUUAGCUGUUAUUCAUAAAAUGCAAAAGAGAUGCAAAUAUGAUCUGGGAUUGUGAAACAGUCCAUCAUUAAACGCAGGAUAAUGAAAAGAUGGAGAUUCCGUGGAAGCUGUUAGUAGUUUUUCAGAAAAUAAUUCAAAAAAUAUACAAUCAACAGUCAUUCUACAAAAUAUUUUUAGCAUUUUAUGAAUCAGUAUCAAGGCAGCAAAAGAUGCUCUGAUGAUAAACAUUUUGUGUGCUGAUACUUUAUAGUAACUAUAGUUUCAUAUUGGUAUGUAUGAACUAAACAUGAAAACGUAAGAUGUACACACCUGUGAUAAUUUUACAUUCCGAAAUGUAUCUCAUAUUUUAAAUACAUGUUUAAC